AUGUUAGAUAUGACAAAAGAUUUGGGCUAUGUCACAACAUCAUGGCACGGUGUUAAAAGAUACACUGUUAAAUCGAGACUUGAAGCUGAGUUGCGAUGGAGCUUUGAAGAGAAUGGAGAAGAUGCUAUAGGGGUGAUCCUGAGGGACACUAACGAGGGUUUGUUGGAGGGUAUUGCAAAACGAAUCCCCGCGGUCUCCAACUCGUACUCUCAAGCUUCUGCG